GCGGCCCCGGCGCUGCCCCCGAGCCCCGGCGGGCGCUGCCGCUGAGCGGGGCCGGGCGGGUCCGUGUUCGUGCGUCCGUGCGUCCGUGCGUCCGUGUGUCCGUGCGUCCGUGCCCCGUGCGGGACCGCCCGCGGGAGCGUCCCUGGGAGCGGUGCCGGUGUCGCCUCGUCCUUCCCGUGCCCCGGAGCCCCCCGCCCGGAACGGAGGGAUUGGAACCGCCGGGAGCGCCGGCGGGCUGCCUGCGAGGGCGAGCGGAGACACCGGCAUUGCUGCUCCGCCGUUCCACACGGGCUCGGUUUAUUUCCACCCUGUGUCGUGCUGAAGCACCGGGCUCAGAGCGAGCCCCAUCCCCAGUCUCCAGUGGGUAACCAUGAGGCGCCUGGUCUCCCACAGCCGUGUUUCCAACCCGGAGCCCCUGGGGCAUUCCCGGCUUUUCCAGUGACAGGAGCAGAGGAGCGGGAGGAGCGCGAUGGCCGAGAAGUGCGACUGCCUGGCCAGCAUGUACGGCUACGACCUGGGCUGCCGCUUCGUCAACUUCCGCCCGCUGGGCUUCGGGGCCAACGGGCUGGUGCUGUCGGCGCUGGACAGCCGCAGCUGCCGCAAGGUGGCCGUCAAGAAGCUGACGCUGGGCGACGCGCGCAGCGUGAAGCACGCCUUCCGCGAGAUCAAGAUCAUCCGCCGCCUCGAGCACGACAACAUCGUCAAGGUCUACGAGGUGCUGGGCCCCAAGGGCGCCCGCCUGCGCGGCGACUUCUUCAAGUUCAACGUGGUGUACAUCGUGCAGGAGUACAUGGAGACGGACCUGGCGCGGCUGCUGGAGCAGGGCAAGCUGGCCGAGGAGCACGCCAAGCUCUUCAUGUACCAGCUGCUGCGCGGGCUCAAGUACAUCCACUCGGCCAACGUGCUGCACCGCGACCUCAAGCCGGCCAACAUCUUCAUCAGCACCGAGGACCUGGUGCUGAAGAUCGGCGACUUCGGCCUGGCCAGGAUCGUGGAUCAGCACUACUCGCACAAGGGGUACCUCUCCGAAGGCCUGGUGACCAAGUGGUACCGCUCCCCGCGCCUCCUGCUGUCUCCCAACAACUACACCAAAGCCAUCGACAUGUGGGCAGCCGGCUGCAUCCUGGCCGAGAUGCUGACCGGGAGGAUGCUCUUCGCUGGGGGCCACGAGCUGGAGCAGAUGCAGCUGAUCCUGGAGACCAUCCCUGUGAUCCACCAGGAGGACAAGGAGGAGCUGCUGAAGGUGAUGCCCAUGUUCAUCAACAGCACGUGGGAGGUGCGGAAGCCGCUGCGCAAGCUGCUGCCCGAGGUGGACAGUGAAGCCAUUGAUUUUCUGGAGAAAAUUCUGACAUUUAACCCCAUGGACCGGCUGACGGCCGAGAUGGGCCUGCAGCACCCCUACAUGAGCCCCUACUCCUGCCCCGAGGACGAGCCGGUGUCGCAGCACCCGUUCCGCAUCGAGGACGAGAUCGAUGACAUCCUGCUUAUGGAGGCCAACCAGAGCCAGAUGUCCAACUGGGACAGGUACCACAUCAGCCUCUCCUCCGACCUGGACUGGAGGCACGACAAGCACCACGACAUGGACGAGGUGCAGCGGGACCCGCGGGCGGGCUCGGAGCCCGCGGCGGAGGAGGCGCAGGUGGACCCAAGGAAAUACUCGCAGAGCAGCUCGGAGCGCUUCCUGGAGCUCUCCCACUCCUCCAUGGACCGGGUGUUUGAUGCCGACUGCGGGAAGUCGUGUGAUUACAAGGUGGGAUCGCCCUCCUACCUGGACAAGCUGCUGUGGAGGGACAGCAAGCCCCACCACUACUCGGAGCCCAAGCUCAUCCUGGAUUUAUCCCACUGGAAAAGGGCCACCAUAGCGCCCGCGGCGGAGCUGUCGCUGGAAGAGGAGCCCUCCAACCUGUUCCUGGAGAUUGCGCAGUGGGUGAAGAGCACGCAGGUGGGGCUGGAGUGCCCCGGCUCCCUGCCCGAGAUGCAGGAGCGGAGCCUGCCCUCCUCUCCUCACCGCCUGCACAAGGAGCCCACCGCCGUCAGCGGCGACACCGACGCCGACUUCGACCUGGACGUCUUCAUCUCCAGGGCGCUGAAGCUUUGCACAAAGCCCGAGGACCUGCCCGACAACAAGCUCAACGAGAUCAAUGGGGCGUGCAUCUCGGAGCACCCCGGGGACAUGGUGCAGGCAGAGGUGUUCCAGAAGGAGCGGUGGUGAGGGCCCCAGCCCCGCCGCGUCCCCUGCCCGCGCUGUACCAAACGCCUUUGCCAGGAAAGGCAAGCACAAACCACACGCGCCCCUGGAUGCCUUAGAAGUGCUUCUAAGGGGAUCGAGAGGUGCGAGUGAAAUACUGAGUUCCUUACACUGCCUUAACAAUCUUGCCUUGCGAUCUCUGGGACCUGUUUGAAACUUAGAUGUACGAGGGGGAAAACGACGGUACAUGGUUUGCAAACAGUAGUCAAAUAGACUUCUUUUCCUCUCUUUUUCUAUGGUAACUUGAAAGGACAAGGACAAAAAUUAACAUUUUCAGUGUGGUCACAUAUCCUCCUGGUUGGACAUGUUCCCAAAAUGCCGAACUUUGAGUCUCUCUGAGGGCGCCUGUGUGAGCACAGGUAUGGAAUAAAGUGAUGCCAGCCAUCAGUCAGCACUGAAUGGAACUACAGGUAGAGUUUGGCCAUCAGACGAAAAACAAAAAACUCUCUGAGAGUGUUAAUGGACAAGAAAUUUGACCUACAAAUGAUGGGCCAUUGGGGAUUUGUUUUAUUUUUUUUUUCUGAGGAGAAGACAAAAUUUUUGCUAAGUGCAUUUUGCUGGUUUGUGGUUUCUCACACCAAAAUCUCCCCUGUGGCUGCACGGGGUGCAGCAGGGGACACACGGGGAUCUGAGCUUUCCGAGCCCUCGGGAUGCAGCCUGGUGGGUCCUGCCUCGGAGAGCUGCCACAGCUCCUGACACAGAUCUCGUGAAGGAAACAACAGUUCCUGUGGCUUGGGAUUUGUGACUGGCCACUUGGCUGCCAGCUUCUGUGGGAGAGGCUGGUGCCAGCUGUGUGUACAUAGAUGAAGACACCGCUGAUCUACUGUACCUUCUGUUUUCAUCCACACUUCUGAGCACCUUAAUGAUUAAUCAGCUAACAAGAGUUUGUAUAUGGAAGAAAUGUUCUAUACUUAUAUUUAACCCAACUCGGCAGCUUUUUAAAUGGAGAUGUGUAAAUAGUGCCACACAAGACAGCCUCCGCUUUCCUCAGCAUCCUGCUGCUGUGCUGCCCGGCACAGCAGCCCUGCUCACAUCUGUACAACAGAAACUGCUGUAUUUAGUACUGCUAGGCCCAUAUUUAACUACUCCCCUAUUCAUUAUUUCCACCCUUUUAACAAGCAACCCGCUAAAUGCUCUGAGAUGUGAAGAAGCUGGUGUGAGGCUCAGAUAACUAACAGCAGUGUUUAGUGUACUAGCCCUGGGGUCUGUCCUUGCUGGGACCAGGAGCAGGUUUAGCUGCAGCAGGCCUUGACAAGCCCAAAAUUGUGUUCCUACUGUGAAGAUCUCACACUGGGGUGAUGGAAACACCGCUGCUGCAGCCAGUCAGCAGCACUGGUGUGAAGGCAGCCAGCUGCCAGGAUGGGAUGGGCUGCCAGCCCGGGUGCAGGGGUGGGGAAGGCAUUUGGAAGGCGAAGCUGAUGGAGAAGGGCUCAGAAAGGCAAAGCCAUUUGUCUCUGGUCUUUGCUUUGAGGAUUUGGACAUCCCCCAGAGUGGUUUAGAAAGGGGAAGGAGGACAGAGACAGAGGUUUGGUUUCUGGUGUGUUGCAGAUGAUUGAUAUACCUCAACUAAAGCUCAGCACUUUCACUGCUGGUGGGGGGGACAUUCCAACGCCAGGAGCAGCUGCCCCCAAGCUGGAGCAGAUCCAACAUGCCCAGGAGCCCAUGGCUGGCUGACCAUGGUCCUGCUGCCCACAGCUGGCUGACCAUGGCUGGCUGCCCAUGGCUGGCUGACCAUGGUCCUGCUGCCCACAGCUGGCUGACCAUGGCUGGCUGCCCAUGGCUGGUUGACCAUGGUUCUGCUGGCCACAGUCCCAUUCCCCAUGUCCCACUGCCCACAGUCCCAUUCCCAACAAUCCACUGCCCACAGUCCCAUUCCCCAUGUCCCACUGCCCACAGUCCCAUUCCCAACAAUCCACUGCCCACAGUCCCAUUCCCCAUGUCCCACUGCCCACAGUCCCACUGCUCAUAUCCCACUCCCCACGGUCCCAUUCCCCACAGUCCCACUGCCCAUAUCCCACUGCCCUCGGUCCCGCUGGGCCCUGUGGCACCGCACUGGCAGCAGCCAGCAGAGUUUGGAGCUGGCCUGCCGAGCUCAGAGGUGUGCUGGGCUUGGAGCAGGUGGAAGGGCUUGGCUGUGUCCCAGGGCUCUGGCCAGAGCCCAUCCCGGUGGGAGAGGCACGGAGCUGCAGCCAGCAGGGUCAGCACCCGGGGCUGGCUGUGUCCGGGCUCGGGAUGGAGAGGCACGGAGCUGCAGUUGGGUCAGCACCCGGGGCUGGCUGUGUCCGGGCUCGGGAUGGAGAGGCACGGAGCUGCAGCUGG